AUGAAAAGGAAAGGGUCAAGUCGAAAGAAAAGUGAACUGGAUACGAAAUUAAGUCCUAAACAACCUAAUAUUGCUAAAUGUCAAGCUAAUGCUCGUACAGAAGUAGAACGAUGGGUUCGGCGAGCUUUAGACAAAGGAGUUGGAGGAUUACGUGAGGAAUUUUUAAGUUUGAAACGCUACAUACCAGAAGGUAUGACUACUAAUGCAUUUCAAGGCACUUUUGAAGCCGGAAAAUCUCGAUACAAGGAUGUCCCAUGUCAAGAUAAAUUUCGUGUUGUUCUUCGAUGGCCUGGUGUUACAGAUGAUUACAUUCAUGCAAAUUAUGUUGCAACACCAAUUAAUGAAAAGCGUUUCAUUUGCACUCAAGGACCAAUGCCAAAUAGUGUGAUUGAUUUUUGGCAUAUGGUUGUGCAAGAGGAAAGUGAUAGUAUUGUUAUGUUAACAAAUACCAUUGAAAAAGGCUUAAAUAAAUGUGAACAAUAUUGGCCUAAUGAUGCUGGCCAGAAAGCAUCAUUCGGUGAUAUUACAGUUUCAAAUAUGGCGGUACGAGCAUUAGCACCAGAUGAAACAAACGUACGAGUUUGUCAUUUGAAAGUUCAAUGGAAGGAAAGUGGUCGAGAAAAGAAUCGAGAAAUACGUCAUUAUCAGUGGAUUAAUUGGCCAGAUCGUGGUGUACCACCGUGUCGACUUACUUCUAUGGUUCUGUUGUCAAAUAUUCGUGGUACCAAGAAACCAAUUGUGGUGCACUGCUCAGCUGGUAUCGGUAGGACCGGUGCAAUUGUAGCAAUUGAAUAUAUUCUGGAGAAACUUCAACAAGGUAUACCAUGCGAAUCAAUGGAUAAAAUUCUCAAAGAGCUACGAAAUCAGCGACCAUUUACUAUACAAAAUGAUUUGCAAUAUCUCUACGUUCAUCGAGUGAUGUUAUUUUAUUUCAUUGAUAAAUAUAAAAUUUUUGCUGAUAAUGACGAAGUGAUGGCAAAAUAUAAGCAAUUUGUAGCUGAUUAUGAUAAAAUUACAAAAUAA